CCCAUGCAUGACCCCGUUGUCACUUUUCCCCUUGUUUUAAUCGGUUAUCCCUAUCAUAUUUUUCUUUGGCAGCUGCUCAAGUCUUCACUUGUUUCCAUCUCGCUAAUCUCUACUGCCCUGCCCUUUGCUUUCUUGAUACAAACAAUGGAGGUUGUUGGACAGGCUAUUCUUUCGUCUGCCCUUGAAUUGUUGUUUGAUAAGCUGGGAUCCUCCGAGUUGCUCAAGUUUGCUCGCCAAAAGAAUGUCAUUGGUGAACUUGACAACUGGAGGGACGAACUGUUGAUUAUUGAUGAGGUGCUGGACGAUGCGGAAGAGAAGCAGAUUACAAGAAAGUCCGUGAAAAAAUGGCUGAAUGAUCUCAGAGACUUGGCUUGCGAUAUGGAGGACGUACUGGACGAGUUCACCACGGAGCUGUUGCGGCGCAGGUUGAUGGCGGAACGUCUUCAGGCGGCUAACACAAGUAAGGUACGGAGCCUCAUCCCAACUUGCUUUACUGGUUUCAAUCCUCGGGGUGAUGCUCGGUUUAGUGUUGAGAUGGGGUCCAAGAUUAAGGAAAUCAGUAGACGGUUGGACAAUAUUUCAACUCGGCAAGCUAAACUGGGUUUGAAAAUGGAUCUUGGGGUUGGGCACGGCUGGGAAAGGUUUGCAUCUGGAAGAAGAGCUUCUACUUGGGAACGGCCGCCCACGACAUCUUUGAUUAAUGAAGCUGUUCAAGGUAGGGAUAAAGAAAGAAAGGAUAUUGUUGAUUUGCUGUUGAAGGAUGAAGCAGGGGAAAGCAACUUCGGUGUACUUCCCAUUGUUGGCCUUGGAGGGACCGGCAAGACUACGCUUGCCCAGCUCGUAUGCAAGGAUGAAGGCAUAAUGAAGCAUUUUGACCCCAUAGCCUGGGUUUGCAUAUCAGAAGAAAGUGAUGUGGUGAAAAUAUCAGAAGCAAUUCUCCGUGCACUCUCUCAUAAUCAGAGUACAGAUCUCAACGACUUCAAUAAAGUUCAACAGACAUUGGGAGACAUGUUGACUCGAAAGAAGUUUUUACUGGUUUUAGAUGACGUGUGGAACAUAAACCACGAUGAGCAAUGGAAUACUCUGCAGACGCCAUUUAAAUAUGGAGAAAAAGGGAGUAAGAUCAUAAUAACAACGCGUGAUGCGAAUGUCGCAAGAACGAUGAGAGCAUAUGAUUCACGCUACACUCUGCAGCCUUUGUCUGAUGAUGAUUGUUGGUCUUUGUUUGUGAAGCAUGCUUGUGAAACUGAAAAUAUCCAUGUACGCCAAAAUUUGGUACUUCGUGAAAAAGUUACAAAAUGGUGCGGUGGUUUGCCCUUAGCAGCAAAGGUGCUUGGUGGCCUUUUACGCUCUAAACUACAUGAUCACUCAUGGGAAGAUCUAUUGAAGAAUGAAAUUUGGAGAUUACCAAGUGAGAAGCGUGACAUUCUCCGAGUGUUAAGAUUAAGUUACCAUCAUUUGCCUUCUCAUUUAAAGAGAUGUUUUUCUUAUUGUGCAUUAUUUCCCAAGGAUUAUGAAUUUGAGAAGAAAGAACUAGUCUUGUUAUGGAUGGCCGAAGGUUUCAUUCACCAAUCAAAAGGAGAUGAGCUUCAAAUGGAAGAUUUAGGUGCUAAUUAUUUUGAUGAAAUGUUAUCAAGGUCAUUUUUUCAGCAAUCAAGUAAUAACAAGUCAAACUUUGUUAUGCAUGACCUAAUUCAUGAUCUAGCUAAAGAUAUUGCCCAAGAAAUUUGUUUUAAUUUGAAUAAUGAUAAGACAAAGAAUGACAAGUUACAGAUAAUUUUUGAAAGGACUCGUCAUGCAUCAUUCAUUCGCAGUGAGAAAGAUGUGCUCAAAAGAUUUGAAAUAUUCAAUAGAAUGAAGCAUUUACGAACACUUGUGGCAUUAUCAGUCAAUAUAAAUGAUCAGAAAUUCUACUUAACUACUAAGAUUUUCCAUGACUUGUUGCAAAAGUUGAGACAUUUGAGGGUGCUCUCCUUGAGUGGUUAUGAGAUAACUGAGUUACCAUAUUGGAUUGGUGAUUUAAAACUUUUGCGAUAUCUUAACUUGUCUCAUACUGCUGUCAAAUGUUUGCCUGAAUCAGUGAGUUGUCUCUACAAUCUACAAGUGUUGAUGUUAUGCAAUUGUAUAAAUCUUAUUAAGUUGCCUAUGAACAUUGGGAAUCUGAUUAACCUUCGGCAUCUUAAUAUCAACGGCUCAAUUCAACUAAAAGAGAUGCCUUCACGAGUGGGUGACUUGAUAAAUUUGCAAACGUUAUCCAAGUUUAUUGUGGGCAAACGUAAAAGAUCAGGAAUAAAUGAAUUGAAGAACUUGUUGAAUCUUAGAGGAGAGCUCUUUAUCUCGGGGUUGCACAAUAUUGUGAAUAUAAGGGAUGUAAAGGAAGUCAACUUAAAAGGGAGGCAUAACAUUGAAGAGCUAACAAUGGAAUGGAGCAGCGAUUUUGAAGAUUCAAGAAAUGAAAGAAAUGAAUUGGAAGUCUUCAAGUUACUACAACCUCAUGAAAGUUUGAAAAAGCUUGUUGUUGCGUGUUAUGGUGGACUAACCUUCCCAAAUUGGUUAGGAGAUCAUUCAUUCACAAAAAUGGAGCACCUGAGUCUCAAAAGUUGCAAAAAACUCGCACGAUUGCCACCGCUUGGCAGACUACCUUUACUCAAGGAGUUGCACAUUGAAGGGAUGAAUGAAAUUACAUGUAUAGGUGAUGAGUUCUAUGGGGAGAUUGUGAACCCUUUUCCAUCUUUGGAGUCUUUGGAGUUUGAUAAUAUGCCAAAAUGGAAAGAUUGGAUGGAAAAGGAAGCAUUAUUUCCUUGCCUCCGAGAGCUGACAGUAAAAAAAUGCCCAGAACUGAUUGACUUGCCGAGUCAGUUGCUUUCCUUCGUGAAGAAGCUUCACGUUGAUGAAUGCCAAAAAUUGAAAGUGUAUGAAUACAACAGGGGGUGGUUAGAAAGUUGUGUCGUUAAUGUGCCUUCACUCACCUGGUUAUACAUUGGGGGGAUUUCAAGGCUAAGUUGUUUAUGGGAAGCGUUUUCUCAACCCUUACCAGCUCUUAAAGCUUUGGAUAUUAAUCGAUGUGAUGAGCUGGCAUGUUUGGAACUGGAAAGCCUUGGUAGUCUUCGAAAUUUAGCGAUCAAAAGCUGUGAUGGAGUUGAAUCCUUGGAAGGGCAAAGACUGCCUCGCUAUCUUCAAUGUUUGAAUGUGGAAGGGUGUUCCAGCCUAAAGAAGCUGCCAAAUGCAUUAGGAAGCCUCAUAUUUCUUACAGUUUUGAGAAUUGCGAAUUGCUCGAAACUUGUGUCAUUCCCAGAUGCUAGUUUCCCACCAAUGGUAAGAGCUCUUAGGGUGACAAAUUGUGAGGAUCUCAAGUCACUGCCCCAUAGAAUGAUGAAUGAUAGCUGUACCCUUGAGUACUUGGAGAUUAAAGGUUGCCCAUCUCUCAUUGGCUUUCCAAAAGGCAAGCUCCCCUUUACCCUUAAGCAGCUGCGCAUUCAAGAAUGUGAAAAACUAGAGUCUCUACCCGAGGGAAUAAUGCAGCAACCUUCAAUUGGCAGCAGCAACACUGGUGGCCUUAAAGUAUUGUUUAUAUGGGGAUGUUCAUCUCUCAAGUCCAUUCCAAGAGAGCUGGUAUCCUCGACGGAAGCAUUUUUGAACUCCAACCUUAAAUUCCUUGCUAUUUCAGAAUGCCAGAAUAUGAAGAGGCCACUAUCUGAGUGGGGCCUUUACACACUCACCUCUCUUACACACUUCAUGAUUUGUGGCCCAUUUCCAGAUGUGAUUUCUUUUUCAGAUGAUGAGACUCUGCUUUUUCUUCCUACAUCUCUCCAAGAUCUUCAGAUAAUUAAUUUCCAGAACUUGAAAUCCAUAGCCUCCAUGGGACUCCAAAGCCUCGUCUCUCUGGAAACUCUUGUGUUGGAGAGCUGCCCGAAGCUUGGGUCUGUUGUACCAAACGAAGGACUGCCACCUACCCUUGCAGGGCUUCAAAUCAAGGAUUGUCCUAUUCUAAAGAAGAGGUUCAUGAAAGACAAAGGAAAAGAUUGGCACAAGAUUGCCCACAUUCCCAAAGUCGUAAUAGAUGAAAUUAUACAACAAUAAGAGUCCAUGUUUUGACUGGAUCUGGUGUUGGGCCUUCUUUCUAUUUUCUCUCAAAAAAAUCGUCUUAGUGGAAAUAAGAUGAAAGAUAACCUAGCAAAAGCAUGGCUUGUCCUCUCACACUGCUCAAUCCCCUACACUUCCAGCCAAGGUGGAAGCCUCCUUCAAUUAUGGUAACCAGGAGAAGCUGUUAGCAAGGCUGCAUGGCCUCACAUCUCUGGGAGAUAUGUCAAUGUUUCCUCUCAAGGGGCAGGUUUAUCAUCCCUGAUAUACUUUGAGGACUGAAAUCGACACUUGCAGGACUUGAAAUCUUGGUCAUUCUCUUCUGAAACAUUUGUGCUUCCAACAUAAAGGAUAGAUUUGUUCCUGCAAUAUUCAGCAUCCUUCUGUAGAAAUCGAUGACUGAAUAAUCUAUUAAAGAAUCCUAGUUUCUGUUCACAGAAGUAUACACAUUGAUCAUACUUUCCUCCUCAUAUUCAAUGAGAUAUACUUAUUCACACUUUUCUCUUGAAAUUUAAUGUUGCUUUAUUCAUGAGAUUCUCCAGUGCACAUGUAGGUUGACAAAACAGAAAAAGAUGCAUGUGCGGAAACCAGUGCAUGCUUUUCUCUUUUGUCUUAGCUUUUGAGAAAGGCUUAUUUUAUGGAAAGAGUAGAUCAGAUUUGUUCUUAUUUUUCUCAAUUCAUCUUGCUAAUAUGUGAUGGUUAAAUUGAUUGUGUUUCAGUUCAUCAAUAUUUGUGUCCCCAUUCAUGUCUCGAUCUCAAUGCACCCAUUGGAAUGUUGCUGUUGUGCUACUUCAGAAUAGGGAAAACAUAGAAAUGCAAGACCGGUAAAUGUACUAUGGAGCAAGAAAUGUGUCGAGUUUCAGUCCUGUUGCUGAAGAAAGGGCUGCCCACAACUUCUAAAACCAUCCAUGGGGAACUAUCCUAUCUGGAAAUACAGUGAUUCAAUGAGAAAUUGGAAAGACUGCCCUAUUUCCUCAUUCCCUGUAUGCUGAUAGAUGGCUCACAUUCAUGAAGAAACUUCAGACUGGACUAUCUUUUCACAUCCAUAAGAACAGAGACUAUGACAUCCCAUGCUAUUUUCAAUCAGGAAAAGGGAGUGAUGUAUAUAAAAGCAAAAUUCCUGGUCAUUGCUGCAGCUUAUCAGUAUCUGCAUGGGUAAAGUAUCCUAAACAUGAAAUUUUCUCUUCAGUAAAAGCAGCUAUGCCAGAUGCACCAAUUCAUAAAAUUUCGGGGGUUGCACAUGAUUACAGUUUCCAAAAUCAGGUCUUAGAGAGGUUUUAGAAGGCCUAUUAAGUUCAUUUCAAAAUUUGAGUCUCUCUAAGAUUAGCGUCUGCUUCAUAUCAAACUAAUUUUCAUAUCCAAAAGGAUCCAAUGCAUAAUGCUGUUUCAACAUUUUUGUCUAACUACAUCACAUUAUACAAGAUAACAGGGCUUGAAAGAGUCCCAAAACUGCACUCUCUUGAAAGCUAUGGAUGGAUGGCUGGCCUAAGCUUUGAUCAUCUUUGCUAGGGGAAUAAAAGGCAUUAUUUCCUUGCCUCGGAAAGCUUACAAUAAAAAAAUGUCCAGAACUGAUUAACUUGCUGAGUCAGUUGCUUUCCUUUGUGAAGAAGCUUCAUAUUGAUGAAUGCCAAAAAUUGGAAGUGAAUAAAUACAACAGGGGCUUGUUAGAAAGUUGUGUUGUUAAUGUGCCUUCACUCACCUGGUUAUACACUGGGGGUGGUUUCGAGGCCAAGUUGUUUAUGGGAAGGGUUUGUUUAAUCCUUAACAGCUCUUUAAACAUUGAAAAUAAAUCAAUGUGAUGAGCUGUCAGAAGUUGUGAUGGAGUUGUAUCCUUCUCCAAAGUAGGUGUAGGUUAAAAAUACAGAAGAGGGUGCACCUGUGGGAAACCAAUGCCUGCCUUUCUCUUUUGUCUAAGCUUUUGACUUGGGUUUAUUUUUGGAAAGCAUAUAUCUUAUUAUUCUUAAUUCAUCUUGCAAAUAUGUGAUGGUUAAAUUGAUUGUGUUUUAGUUUAUCACUAUCUGUAUCCCCAUUCAUGUCUCCAUGCACCCGCUGGAAUGCUGCUAUUGUGCUAGUUCAGAGUAAAGAUUUGCCCUGAAUAGGGAAAAGACAGAAUUGCAAGACCCGUUGAAGUCCUAUGGAUCAAGAAAUGUGUCAAGUUUCAGUUCUUUUUCUGAAGAAAGGGCUGCCUGCAAUUCUUAAACUAUCCAUGAGGAACUGUCCUAUCUGGAGAUACAGUGAUUCAAGAAGAAAUGAAAAAAUUGCCCCAUUUCCACAUUUCCAGUAUGCCAAGGAUAGCUCACUUGUCCAUGAAGAAACUUCAGACUGAAUUAUCUUUUCACUGAGAAAAAAGAACAGAGGCCACCAUAUCCCAUGCUAUUUUCAAUCAGCCUACUAGCAUGGGGAGCAGGGCAUUGGAAUUUGACUGGGAGGUGUAGCUUACACCACUAACAAUGGGAGCAGAGCAUUACAACUUAUGGAGUACUCAACUCUCUAAAAGUUUCAUCAUUAACUGUUGGGUGUCCAGGUCUGUUUUCCUUUUCAUAUGAUAGUCAAUGUUUGCCUCUUCCUAUGGCUCGAACUUCUCUUUGCGUCCAAAAGAACUUCCGAAUCAGGAUUCCAUGUCCUCCAGGUCUACAAAACAACACUUCUCUUGAAUAUGCACUUAACUUCGUUCUGAUAUAAUUUCAGUGGAUUCCAUCAGAUCCUAUAGCUCAAAAUAUGUUUUCAAUUUUUUAUAAUCAUUGUAUUCAGAUUGUACCUGCAGGAAAAAAGGACUGAUGUAGACAAAAAGCCAAGUUCCUGGUCGUUGCUGAAUCUUAUCAGUAUCUGCCUUGGUAGAGUAUCCCAAACAUGAAAUUCUCUUCUGAAAAAGGAGCUAUGCUAGAUGCAGCAUUUUACAAAAUUUUGGGGGUCACACAUGAUUGAUUACAGUUUUCGAAAUCACGUCUUUGAGCAGUUUUGAAAAGCCAUAUUAAGUUCAUGUUAAAACUUGAUUCUCUCUAAGAUUAGUGUCUGCUUCAUGUGACUCUAAUUUUCAAAUUCAAAAGGAUCCAAUGCUUAGUUCUGUUUCAACCUUUUGGGUAAUUACAUCACAUUGUACAAGAUAACAGGUUUAGAGAGUUCAAGGGAUAUCCCAAAACUGCACCUCUAUUAAAGCCAAGGACGGAUGGCUGGCCUAGGCUUUGAUCAUCUUUGCUGGAGGAAUAAAAGAAGAUUCCUGUUUUUAAGUGACAUAAAAGCUUUUGGCUAAUUACAUCACAUUGUACAAGAUAACAGUCUCCCGAAAAACUACAAAUCUCUUCAAAGCUAUGGAUGGAUGGCUGGACUAAGCUUCGAUCAUCUUUCUAGAGGAAUAAAAGAAGAUUCUUGUUUUCUCUUAAGAGACAUAAAAGCUGCAAUUUUUUUUUAUGAUAACGAGGUGGUAGCAACAAUUUUCUCAACUGAUUCUGAAGUCAUAGUUAUAUACAAGGUUUUACACAUUCUGGUUUAGUUUCAUUUAAUUUUGAUUAGAUUUAGAGGGGAAAGUUACAAACUUUCUAUUUGAAAUUAUGUUUGAACUUCAAUAAUAUUGGAUCAUUCUCUUAUUUUGAGGCAUUUUCCAAGAUGUUUUAUGGUAAAUUAUGGCCGUAAGCUACAAGGAAUAUGAUUGGCUUUUCUGGGGCUCCAGCAUCUGAUUUGAAAACCAUCUGUCUGCCCUUUUCUUUUUUUUUUCUUUUUUUGCUUUUUUCAUAAUUUUUUUUCUGCAGACAGAUUAAUAUCAUAAUCUUUCUUUUUUUCUUGAUGAAUCUAAUGCAGUUAUAAUUGUUUUCUGAUUCCAAGUUAGUGCAUUUAGUAUGAAACUUGCCUCAAGUUAUUCAAUGAAUUCCCUGUUUAAAAAUUUGUUGUUUUUAAUUUGUCUAUACUUAAAUCCACAUUCACCAAUUUCUAUUCCCAUUUUCUCAGUUAGAUAUUGAUUGAAAGACCAUCAAACUUAGCUGGAGUAGAUUUAUUUAUUGGAGUCAAAGAAACGCAGCAAGUGGCUAUGAAAUAUUGAAUGAAUGGGGAUGUUCGUCUCUCAAGUCCAUCCAAUUGAAUGCCAAAAUACCAAGAGGCCUCCAUCAGAGUGGACAGAUUUUUCUUCCACAUCUCUCAACUAUCUUCACGUACAUAAUUCAUUUCCAGAACUCGAAAUCCGUAGCCUCCAUGGGAUUCAAAAGCCUAGUCUCUCUGGAAACUCUUUUGUUGGAGGACUGCCUUAGGCUUAGGUCUGUUGUAACAAAGGGAGGGCUGCCACUCAUGCUUGCAGAGCUUCAAAUCAAGGAUUGUUCUAUUCUAAAAGGGCAGUGUCUCAAAAACAGGAAAAGAUUGGCUCAAGAUUGCCUACAUCGCCAAUGUCCUAAUACAUGAAAGUAUACAACAAUAAGAAAAUGUGAAAGCCUUUUAAUCAUGAUCACCUGGAGAAGCUGUCAACAAGUCUGCAUGGUAUCACAUCUCUGGGAGAUAAGAGAAUGUUGUUGUGCUAAAAGAUUGUUUCCUCUCAGGGGACUGAUUUAUCAUCAUUGCUCUGCAUCAAGGACCAAAAUCGACACUUACAAAACUUGAUAUUUUGCUCAUUGUCUUCUGAAAUAUGGGUGCUUCCAAGAAAAAGGAUGGAUUGUUCCUGCAAUUUUCCACCCAUAUAUUGAUUGUUCACAGAAGUACAAGCAUCGAUCAUACUUCCCUCUUUAUAUUCAAUGAGUUCAGAAUCAAGAUUUGCCAUGAAUAGGGAAAAGAUAGAAUUGCAAGACUGCUUAAAGUGCUAUGGAAAAGGAUAUGUGCCAAAUUUCAGUCCUUUUGCUUAAGGAAGAGUUUCUUGCAAAGAAACGCAGCAACACUUGUGGCCAUGAAAUAUUGAACGAAUGGGGAUGUUCAUCUCCUCAAGUCCAUCUAUUAGCUUGUCCUCUCACACUUCUCAAUUUCCUACUCCUUCAGCAAAUGUGAAAGCCUUUUAAUCAUCCUCUCCUGGAGAAGCUGUCAACAAGUCUGCAUGGUAUCACAUCUCUGGGAGAUAAGAGAAUGUCGUUGUGCUAAAAGAUUGUUUCCUCUCAGGGGACUGAUUUAUCAUCAUUGCUCUGCAUCAAGGACCAAAAUCGACACUUGCAAAACUUGAUAAUUUGCUCAUUCUCUUCCGAAAUAUGUGUGGUUCCAAGAUAAAGGAUAGAUUGUUCCUGCGUUUUUCCACACUUCUAUAGAUUGUUUCAAUGAGUUCAGAAUAAAGGUUUGCCAUGAAGGGAAAAGAUAGAAAUGCAAGACCAGUUGAAGUGCUAUGGAUCAAGAAAUGUGUCAAGUUUCAGUCCUUUUGCUGAAGCAAGGGUUGCUUGCAACUUCUAAAACUAUCCAUGAGGAACUAUCAUAUCUGGAAACAUAGUGAUUCAACAAGAAAUGGAAAGAUUGGUUGCCUCAUUUCUACAGUCCCUGUAUGCUGGCCGAUGGAUGGCUCACUUGUCCAUUAAGAAACUUGAGGAUGAAUUAUCUAUUCACUAGAAAAUAAGAACAGAGGCUACCACAUUGUAGGCUAUUUUCAAUCAGGGCUACAAUGGGCAAAAGAUGCAAACCAAUAGCAUGGGAAGCAGCUCACUUGAUUUUUAGUUUGGAAUUUGAUGGGGAGGUGUAGCUUGCAGCACUUCCAUGGUACUCAACUCUGUAAUUGACAGUCUUUGAAUUGACUGUUUACAGACUCCUUUCACAUAUUAAGUACACCUUCCGGCUGACA